AUGCAAAACGGCUCUGAUCAUAAGCCGGACGUGUGCAAGGAAUUCGAGGACUCACUGCGUAAGGCGCAAGGCGGUGCCUUCCAAGAGGAUCGGACACCUUGCGUUUGGCGCGCCAUUCGCACUGAGGCAGAGCGGGACGCAGCGGAGGAGCCGUUGCUGAGCAGCUUCCUGUACGCUUCUAUCCUGGCGCACGACUCGUUCGAGCGCGCCCUCGCGUUUGUGCUGUCCAACCGCCUGGCGAGCGCGGUGAUGCUGCCGACGCAGCUGUUUGAGAUAUUCCAUGAGGUGCUCACCAGCGACUUGGACGUGCGGGAGGGCGCGCUUGCGGACGUGGAGGCCUGCCGGGACAGGGACCCGGCGUGCCGCAGCUACAGCCAGGCUCUCUUGUAUUACAAGGGCUACCACGCCCUGCAGACGCACCGCAUCGCGCACGCCCUUUGGAAUCGCGGUCAGCGGGUCAUGGCGGUGGCCCUGCAGAGCCGCGUGAGCGAGGUGCUGGCUGUGGACAUCCACCCAGCGGCGCGGCUGGGGCGCGGCAUCCUGCUGGACCACGGCACCGGCGUGGUCAUUGGGGAAACCGCCGUCAUCGGCAACAACGUGUCGCUGCUGCAAAAUGUCACGCUGGGUGGCACUGGCAAGGAAGUGGGCGACCGCCACCCCAAGAUCAGCGACAACGUGCUCAUUGGUGCCAGUGCCACAGUGCUGGGCAACAUCCUCGUCGGCCGCGGCAACCCGGCACUGGACAUGCAGCAAUGGAGCCGCAAAUUCAACAGUGAUUAUGACCCAGUCGCUGACAGGGGGCUCUCAAACAGUUCAGUGGGCGAGGCCGGCAGCAGCGGCGACGAGAGCAGCAGCGACGCCCCCUCCAGCACCAGCGGCACCAGCAGCAGCAGUGAGCCACAGGCACAAGGAGUGGCGUCCAGCGGUGCGUCCAGCAAUGGCGCGGCUGCUUCUGCUGUGGGUUUCAGUAGCAACGGCCGGGCUGCGCACUUGAGUUCUGGGGGUGGGAUCAGCAGCAACGGCGUGGCCAAGGCCGCCAGCAACGGCGCAAGCAACCGCGUAGGUGCAAACGGUACAGUCUGGGUGGCCGCCCCUGUUAACGGCAGCGCCUACAGCGGCAACGGCAAAGUCAACGGCGUCACUCAUGCGCGCGCACAUGUCAGCCUGGGGCACCACACCCUUAUUGGGCAGGAGGGCCAGGCCGACCCUUCAACCUCGCAGCAGCGGCAGCAGCAGCGGCAGCAGCAGCAGCAGCAGCAGCAGCAGCAGCCCAGGCAUGAGCUGCAGGAGGAGAUUAGGUACCGGCCCGCUCCUCUAGGGGGUGUUUAUGAGGGCGAGGUCGAUGCGACGAUGGACGAGGAGGCGGCCGCAGUGCUGUGGCCGCGGCGGGAGGACCCAGAGUACGUCAUCUGA